AUGUCCUCCAACAAGAAAGACUUUGAAAUUGCCAUUAUCGGCGGAGGCAUAUCCGGUCUCACCCUCGCCAUAGCCCUGCACUCCAGGGGCAUUCCCAUCACCGUCUAUGAGCAAGCUCCUCAUUUCGCCGAGAUAGGAGCCGGCGUCUCAUUCACGGACAAUGCCGGGCAAGCCAUGAAGAUAUGUCACGCCGGAAUCUACGAGGCAUUCGAACGUGUGCGGACGUCCAACAUGUGGCCUGAGAAGGCAAAAGUCUGGUUCGACUACCAUGAUGGCUACCACGACAAACCGGACACGCACGUCUUUACGAUAUCCAACAAGAUAGGUCAAGCCGGCGUUCAUCGCGCACAUUAUCUGGACGAGUUGGUGAAGCUGUUACCAACCGAACGCGCCCAAUUCGGAAAGCGACUGGAGAAGUUGGACAAGACUUCGAAUGAACGGUGGAAGCUGAACUUCGCGGAUGGAUCUUCAGCGGAAGCGGAUGCAGUCAUUGGAUGUGAUGGCAUCAAGUCGAAAGUGAGGCAGUUGAUGUACGGCAAAGAUCACCCCUGUGCAUAUCCGACGUAUACCCACAAGUAUGCGUAUCGGGCGCUGGCGACGAUGGAAGAUGCAGUCAAAGCGGUUGGAGGGGAGAAGGCGCAGAAUGCGUGUAUGCAUAUGGGCCCAGGAGGCCAUGUGCUCACGUUCCCUGUCAAUCACGGCAAGACGUUGAACGUCGUUGCGUUUCACACUACAAAGAAAGACUGGCCUGACCACGAGAGACUGACCGUGCCGGCCAAACGGGAAGAAGCGAUGAAAGACUUUGAAGGAUUUGGUCCCAAUGUCACCAAGCUUUUGCAGCUGUGUGAACCGAAUCUCGACAUUUGGGGGAUCUUCCACCUGGGCGACAAUCCCGUACCAAACUUCGCCAAGGGAACAGUCUGUCUCGUCGGUGAUGCCGCACACGCAACCUCACCGCAUCACGGCGCCGGCUCAGGUCUCUGCAUAGAAGAUAGCGCCGUCAUCGCCUCACUACUAGCCGACGAGUCGGUGCAAUCUGCCUCCGAUAUCGGAGCUAUAUUCGCAACUUUUGACGAAGUACGACGAGAACGAGGGCACUGGCUAGUACAGAGCAGCUAUAGGAUGGGGAACUGCUAUGAAUGGUUGACCGAUGGAGUCGGCGAGGACUUCGGCAAGAUUGAGGAAGAGAUCAAUCGCAGGAAUGCUGUUAUUGCGGAUGUGAAUGUUCAGGGUAUGUGUGACGAGGCGAGAGGUGUGUUGAGGAAGAAGUUGGGGAGCGAGGCGGUCAAGUCAUGA